AUGAUUGACCAAAGGAUAAAAAUUCAAGAACAAUGGAAGAAGUUUCCAGUUCCAGAGGCGUUAACAAAGUGUUCGGUAGUAUAUUUAGUCGAAAUUUCAUUCUUUAAAGCUUUCACAAAAUGGAUUCAAAAUAUAACAACAAAAAAGCCACCAAAAUUAGAUAAUACCAACAUUUACAACAAUCACAAUAUAGUAUACAAGAAAGAUUUUGAUGUAGUUAGGAAAGAUGCUUGGGAAUUUCUUAAUAAAAAUUUCGGCCCAACAAAAGAAGUCAAAAAGUUUCUAGUAAUAGAUCCCACUACUAAUAAAGAAACUGUACUAAUAGAGCAAGUUCGAUUUCAAAUUCUUUUCGACGAUGGAGAAAUUAAAAAGAAGACAUGUGGCUUAUAUUGGAAAGCUGAACACGUUAAAAAUCAAAUUUGUGCUUCUUUGAAUUUAAAUAACGCUGAUUACAUUCUUGUUAAUCCAAAAACUUAUAUCGAAGUUUCUAGCAAUAUGUCAGCAAGCGAUAUGUAUAAAUUAUCCGAUACAUACAAGUUUAAAAAGAGGAAAAUGACUGAAACUCUUCAACCAAACACAUUGAAUAUUCAAGUUCAAUCAUCUCCAUUAACGAAAACUUUUUCUAACAGAUCAGUUGAUAAGCAUUUAGUUCGUCCAACAUUUGAACGUGAAAAGCAUGAAGCACCGUCUUCUCCAAAAAAAGAUCAUACUGCAUUACCACCUCUAAAGCGUGAAGUUCAUGAGCCUUCAGCUGAAGAAAGCAACGAUUCUGGUCGUAGAUCAUAUCUAUUGAGCAAGCUAUCAUCAAAUUCAACAAUUCCAUCAAAAUUCGGUCCAUCAAAAUAUUAUCCAAAACCAAUUGGUCUUAAUAAUCUAGGAAAUACCUGUUACUUUAAUGCUGCUACACAAUGCAUCAUUAGGGUUAAACCUUUAACAGAUUUUAUUUUUUCACCAAUUUUUGAGUCCCAACUCAAUCCAUCGAACAAGAAGAGCUCCAAAGGAAAGAUUGCUAAAGCCUACAAAGACUUCCUUCUUCAAAUGUCCACUUCAUCAUCAAGAAUGGCCGAAAAUCCUUCGAAUUUAAGAUCGGCUGUUAUUUCAAAAUUCAGAAGGUUUGCGAACUAUUCCCAACACGAUUCCCAAGAAUAUCUUAAUGCAUUACUUGAUGGCCUCCAUGAAGAUAUGAACCAGAGUUUUGGAGCCGGCGGAAACAAGCCAGAAAUCAAGAUAACAGGAGAUUCAAAUGGCUGGGAUUUAUUACUUUCAAAAAAUGACUCUCCGAUUGUAGACAUGUUUUACGGAGAGUUCUUUGCAAACACGGAAUGCCCACAGUGCGGAUAUGUCUCUACAAACAGAGAGCCUUUCCUUUUCCUUACUGUUACAAUUCCAAAAGUUUCAUAUGGAAGUGUAAAUUUGGAAGAUUUGUUAUCAAAUUUCAGUCAGGAUGACGAACUCGAUGACAAAAACAAAUGGAAGUGCGAGAAGUGCAAAAAAAUGGUCCGUGCAACAAGAAGAAUCGGUAUUCUCAGAGUUGCUGAUGUAAUAAUCGUUCAUUUAAAGAGAUUUUCCGACGAAGGUUACUUUACAACAAAAAUCGAGACAGAAGUAAAAUAUCCUUCUCUACUCAAUAUGUCCAGGUACGCUAAAGAUGGACAUACAGGAUUCUAUAAAUUAGUUGGUGCUGUAUUCCACUCAGGUGGACUUGGAGGAGGACAUUAUACAGCAGCUGCAUUAGACCAAUCUACAAACUCUUGGUACAACUUCAAUGAUUCUAGCGCUACACCAAUAUCAGAGUCUAGCGCACAUUCAAGGAGUGCGUAUAUUUUAUUCUAUCAAAAAGAAUAA